AUGGAAAGGAAAGGAUCGGUGCGGCGUGCACGAGAAAUGUUGGAGGCUGGAAAACGUCCCGAACAAGUCCCAGAGCCAGUGCCUACAUCCAGAAUCAACCCGGCCCAUAUGACACAAUGGCCCUUACCCAACGGUGGUCUUCAACAAAUCGAUGCAGCCAACGCCCAUGCACGACUGCUAGGCCCCAAAGGACCUCCGCCACAACGGCCUCCCCAACCCGACUGUCCUUCGCCGUCUGUUCCGCUAAACAUCAAACGGCCUGUUCCGUCCUUCUCUCAACCUCUACCGAUCCAACCUGCACCACGACCGGCAAUUAGAGUACCCAUUCCUCCUAGUCCAAGCAGUGUUGCAGGUUCAACACCUCGGGCAUCCAUUGCUACCGAAGACCUAUUUAGACAGUCCGGAGUCUCGUCUGUCGGCACAAUCUCCCUUAAUGAUUUACAGGCGACCGCUCAUUCAACAUCGGAACAUGGUGCUUCUUCAGCAUACCCAUUGAAAAAGGCAGGUGGCCUUGCGCCGACGAUCCCAGCAGCUCGACCAGGCGAGAAUCGUGGAUCAUCCGUCUCGCCGAUUCCAGAGGAGCUACCGGAUAGUCCAACGAUCUCACGGGAGCUUUCCGCGCCAACUCGACCAUAUCCUCCUAGUUGGUGCUCUGGACCAGCCGAGUCGGUAAUUCUAGGUACCUACCUGGAUGGUGACUCCGAAGAUAGCGGAUCACAACACUCGGUGCAGGCAGCCGCUCCUGCGCUUUUGAGGCAAGCAAGUAUUGGAACUCGUGGGAAACCCGCUUUGCGUACGAUCCAGAAAUCCAGCACAAAUUCACCUGUGCCAGUCUUGACAAAAACCCCGGUAUCUGCCAGGCCAGCUACAGCUAAAACGACGACAACGGAAGCAGUGCUGAAGGAAAUAGCUGUUGGAAGGGAACGGAACGACAGCAUUUCCACAGUAUCGUCCGGCUCGACACAUUUUGGGACGGAGAAAGCGCCAAUCAUGCUAGACCUCAGUGCUGAGCACCCAGCUGUGGCUCGCCCGCUCAACAAUAGCGCUACUAUGCAUAAAGAGACCGGAGGACUUCCGAAAGCAGCACCAGCAAUGAGCGAGAAAAGACCCACUGGCCGUCGACCUCCUCGAUUGAAUAUGACCGCUGUGCGUGAUGCGGAGGCCCGUGGAAGUCUAACAAGCUUACCUGAUUUGAUCCGACGAGCGACCAAACUUGCGUCUAACCUCGAGCAUGGUCGGACUGCAAGCAGAAACGACCUACUCAAUGGAGGAAACCCUCGCUUCCAACAGAGGCGCAACUCAGGAUCCAUUCAGAGUAUUCUAGCAUCGUUUCCACCCCCUGCUGCGGUACAAGAUGGUGCUCACUCUUCUUGGCCUUUCUUUUUUCGGAGAUCCACGCUCCAUCAGAUCCACUCCAACGAACCCUCCCAACAAGCGGACCAGGAGAAAGCCCAGCCGAAGCAGGCUCGUCGCUGCUGCGGCAUGCCUCCGUGGCUCUUUGCACUUGUUUGUGUCAUUAUCAUCGUCAUCAUCUUGGCCGCUGUUCUGGUCCCCGUCUUCCUGGUCGUUCUCAAGCAUAAGUCGAGCGGAUCAGACUGUGCGAAGACUGCACUGUGUGAAAACGGUGGUGUCAGCGUUUCGAGCGGGGAUGUCUGCUCCUGUGUGUGCGCCAAUGGUUACACGGGGACUCGCUGCGCAAUAGCCGGCGACGCCAGCUGCGUUACAGCCAAGAUCAACAACAAAAGCGCCACUAUGGGUAGUGAUCUUCCUGAGUUGUUUGAAAGCGCUCAACAAAAUUACAGCAUCGCACUUGAUGAGACGACUAUCAUGGCGCUGUUCAGCCAGAACAACGUCUCCUGCACGACCGAGAACAGCCUCGUCUCCUUCUCGGGUAUUUCAACAAGCAGCAGCAGCAAAUCACGCCGUGCUUUCCUUCCCUGGUACGACCUGACAGAAUCUUCCAACUCGAACCUACUGCGAUUCAACUACGAGCAACCGCAGCCGACACCGACCCCACUGGACCUGCCCACUCAAGCCCUCGUCGCCCGUGCCUCCGUUGCUACAGAGAACGGGAUCGUCUUCGAGGACACACCACCAACGAAGACCGGCGAGACCGAGACAGCCAAAGCCACAGCCACAGCCACGGACCUCCGCCACCCAGGGUCCCAAACGACCUCAACAGCGACAGCAGCAGCAAGUUCCUCGCCGACCGCUACCAGGGCCCCAUCCACCAAUUCAACCAACAAGGUGAUCACAAGCAAAGCCCUGGACUUCGCCCGCAUCUCCGUCCUGUACAUCUUCCAGGAAACCGGCACCCUCUCGGCCGCCACGUUCGCCGAGAACGACCUCCAGCUGUACCUGACGAACGUCUACACGGAGGAAUUCAAACACAUCCACGCCAUUGACCUGGAUCCAGCGGGCGUCAAGGGCAAUUUCACUCUGAAUUUCGACGAGUAUCAGAUCACGUUGCCGAGUGGGAAUGUCGUCGGCGGCGGAGGAUGA